GAUCCCAUCAGGGGCCCCCGCUACAAGAGCCGAGACUGCGAAGACUUUGACCUCUGCGGCGUUUGCCACGAAGACUGGACGUCUGGAGGCUCACAGCUCGCACAGGCCCAUUGCUUCAAAAAGAUGAGCGCGAUGGAAAGCGAGGAGGAGCAGGCCGGUGCGGCUCAUUGGAAGUCCACGGAAUCUUUCCGAUUGACCGUCAAGGAGCGUCCCGCCAACCGGUCAGCCGCAAAGAUCACCUACCCCGGCUACCAGAAUGAUGACGCAGACGUCUGCUGGAUUUCCUUUCCGGGCAAGUACAAAGGAGGAUGGGAUGCGUUGACCGCACAGACGAAAGACUCUGUCGCCUGCGUCUUCUUAUGCAAACCAGAAGAUGGGGAAGGCCGUCACGAACCGGAUCCUGACAACGAGGCCCUGUGCCUUUGUCACAGAAUCUACGGCCAGUCCAAGCCAUGGGGCUGUUAUUGGUACAAGGCGUGGAAGGACAACGUUCACAGAGCGAGAAGGCAGAAGCAGCGGCUCAAGGCGGUGUUCUUCGCAGGUCAGGUUGGCAGGGGCAAGGUGAGCAUGAAGGAUCUCCCGACAGUCGACUUGUGGGAUGGGAUCGGGCUCGGGGGCUCGCAGAAAGCCGAGUUGGCUACGGCUGACGAGGAAGGAUGGGAGUAUGAAGAGGUCGACGUUGCGACAGUACUUCUAGGAGCCUUCCCUGAGGGUGCACAAGUCGAUGCUUGGUGCGACGCCGACAAAAUGUGGCGAAGGGGUAGAGUUGCGAAGUUCAAGAAGGACGUGAAUGACAAAGGGCAGGAACAGGUGAGCUGGAUGGUGUGCUGCGAGACAGGGGAGACGAUCGACACCCAGUACGUGAUGGACGCUGCCAUGUCCAUGCAGGGGGUCCUGGACUGUUUGGGCCCGAGCCUGAGGCUUGCUUCAGGGGUCUCAGAGAUGCUGGUUCGAGUACAGGUGAAAGACGUUUUGGCUCUGCAUGCCUUCCGAGAUCGGGUUCUGGACGGGACGCUCGAAGAUGACAUCAACGAGAAACUGCAGGAAGCCGCUCGGUUGAAAGGCUCAAGCUUGCCAGAAAUUCAGGUCGAUAAGACGCGCUUCUUCAAUCUCUACGAGGACAGCCUCCUGGCCCUCUCGGAGUUGACCAAGCAUCAGAAAGAAAAGCUAUGCGAGAUGCAGAAUGCCACAAAGAUUCACUUGGCUGCUCCAGCCGGCGCAGGAAAGACCUUUCUUGCCAUCCAUUUCCUCGUGCACAUUCUGCGCAAGGCUUCGUCAGGGCGAGUUAUUUAUAUCACACGUUCCAAGGAGCUCGUCUACCACUUCUUACAAUGGAUGACCAUGCGCCUGGCAGCUCUUUUUCCGCGGAAGCGCAUCAUAGCAAAGAUCCAAGAUGCCUUCAGGAGGAUGAUCGUAGUAUAUGAACAAGAUGGACAGUAUUCGAAGUGCUACCGCCCGGAGGUGGCUGAAACCACGAGUCGGUUCCUCGAGCUCAAAGCCCUCAGGCCCGUGGAGGCUCAGGAGAAGUUCGCCUUGGUCGUCGUGGACGAAUGCCACAACAUCUUCCGGCCGGAUGUUUCCUAUGAAUUCAUGGAGCUGGUGCGCUGCCACCGGCUGCUUCUUCUUUCCGAUGCGUCUCAGUCUGCAGCGGCUCUACAGCACUAUCCGUUCUAUCUGACCUAUCGCAUGAAGCACGUCAAUCUUGCAGAAAUCGUGCGCAGCACGAAAAGGAUCGUUUCGGGAGCUGCGGCUUUUCAAUUGGGCCAAGACGCUCAGGCUGCAGAUACUGCGACAGUGGUGAAUUCGCUUGGCACAGAUGGACUGCCUUUGAAAACGUACAUUUUCAGAAAAGCGGCCUUGAGAGACGAUCAGCUCUUCAUGGAGUAUGCCAAGUACGUGGUUCAAGCAGUUUGUCAUGUCGUGCAGACCUUUGCGGGCAUCCACUUUCAUCGGCGGCUGGCCAUCCUCGUGCCCAAUGAUCUGUUCCUCAGCAAGUUCGAGGCUCACCUGAAGCAUGAUCUCUCCCAGUGGUUUCCUCGUCGUCACUUCCAGCUGGUAUCCUUCAAAGAGUCUCUCCGUUUUCUUCCCGAGCGCCUUCAAAGAAGCAGCUCCCAGGACUUGCAGGAGGAACGCCUCGUCUUCGACACCGUCGAUGCUGCGGACGGUUUGGAGCAGAUGAUCGUGGUGUGCGUGGGCCUCGAUGCACCAAGCGGUGGGGAGGAAGACCUGAAAACCCGUGCGAAGCUCUACAAAGGCAUCACCAGGGCCCAGCUUCUGGCCAUUGUUGUAAAUGAAAGCAUCCCAGGAGGAUGGCUAGAGUUCUUGGGGGCCGUGAAGUUUGAGCACGGACAGCUUCGGGCCGAGGAGGCCACUCCCCAAAGCUCAGUCGCGGCUGCCAAGAUGAACGUCGAGGCGCAGCGGAAGGCCCAAUCCGAAUCGCCAAAGAAGCAGAGAGUCGAGGUCGAGCCAGAAGCUGUCCGAGUUGAGCAUGUGGAGGAGAAGACGCUUCUGGAGACAGCAGAGGACCCUGAAGAGCCCAGGAAAAGGCCGGCGGCCGCAGUACGCGAGACCGACACGAAGUCAUCGGUGCUGCAGCACACGGAGCAUCAGCAGCCAGCAGGACGUGGCCGGAAGAGCGAUGAGAAAGAUGAGAAGAUUGCCUCCAGCGUCUGGGACACCACAAGCAACGAAGUCUCUGCACGUCUCGACGAGCUCAAGCUAAACCCAUUCGAGAUCAACCCGGAUGCCAAACACUGCGUCGUGUCGUUUCCGUUGAAGUAUUCCGACCUGUGGAACCGGCUGGUGUCGUCGUCCACCGGCGGUUCCGGAGCUGUGUCGCUGGCCGAGGUGGUCGCGACGGAUAGAAGCUUCGGCUUGGGCCAGCAUGGCCUGAAUCCAGAGACGCCAGGAGAGUGCUGGUGUCAAACGAUCUACCCUCCUCUGCCUGCAUCGACAUACUUGAAUGUUGUUGAGUUCGACCCACACGAUGAUGGCCAACAGAUGGCUUUGAAACGGUGCGACGCCGAAGCAAUGGGCCAGAUGCUUCUUGUAAAGAAAGACCAAUCCGACAUAGAAUGGGAAUUCGAGCUGGCGAGUGCUUUAGAAGAGGCUGAGGAGCUCUGCCGACGAAAUCGCAGACGCGCCCCCUGGGGAUGUAUGUGGUUCGAUCUGUGGAGGGAAAAUGUUGCCAAAGCCGUGGAGUUGGGUCAAGUCCUGCAUGUAUUCUACUUCCAAGACCGCAAGGCACAGGGAAAGAUGGCUUGGGAUGACCUUUGCGAUGAGGGUGCCAGACAGCGGGCCAGGAGAGUGACUGGCUUAGGAGCCUCACAGACAGCCGAAGUGGCUUACCUUGACAAAAUGGGUUGGAACUAUGUUGAGCAUGACAUCAUGGAGUUUGAGUAG